CUCGAUUAUUCGUCAACUUCCAUUAUUCGUCACCCAUCCCGUUGUUCAAAAUGACUGAAAUAGUGUGUCGAUUAAGAAAAGGAGAAAUCGCUACAGCACUAUCAAUAAUUUAUAAUGUUCCCCGAACUACAAUUAAUGAUUUUAAAAAACAUGGAGAUAUCAUUGAAAACCAUAUCAGCAAAAUGGAAUCAACAGAUGGGGACGUCACUCAUCGAAAAACGAUGAAAUUAGCUACCCACAAUGAAUUAGAUGAGGUUGUUUUUUACUGGUUUGCCCAGCAGCGAAGUCAAGGAAUUCCUUUAUCAGGCCCAAUUAUUCAACAAAAAGCAUUAGAGUUCAAAAAGAAAUUGCCAAACUCCGAUCCAUCUUUUAAAGCAAGCAGUUGUCUAUUGAAGGUGAAAAAUUAAGUGCUAAUAGUGUCAGU